AUGGCCUCGGUUCAGCAGAUUGUGAUGCACCCUUACGUCUCGAACGUCCUUAAGUUCUGGAGCACCACUGUCGGUCGUGACAAGACUUCGCGUGCUGUCCAGUACCUCGCGCGCUUCCUGGCGUACUACUACGCCCAGGCUGGUGCGCCGAAGGAGACGGUGUCUCGCUACUCGUCGAUCAAGUCGAACAUCGGCCUUAGCCGCAAGCUGUUCCGUAUCGGCAAGUUCCUGGAGCACUUCCAGGCUGCGAUGAAGGCCACUUCGACGGCGGACCCUGUGCUGAAGAUCACUUCGAUCGGCCGCCAGCUUGGCUACGCCUUCUACCUUAUGCUGGACGCCCUCCAGUGGGUCCACGGUGCCAAGGCGUACCAGUUCGAAAAGGAGACCUACAAGAAGAUCUCCCUCAACGCGGCUCGCUUCUGGCUGGCUGGCCUCACGUUCUCGCUGAUCAGCGGCGUGUACAAGUCGUACAUGCUUGCGCAGCGCCUCAAGCUGGCGCAGCGCCCCAAGGCUACGGCCGAAAAGGAGGCCGAGCGCCGCGUCGAGCUGCACCAGAUCGCCACGGAGACCAAGGCCGUGCGUCUGCAGAUGCUGCAGGACUGCUGCGACUGGGUCAACCCCGGUACCUCGACGGGCUGGAUCGAGGCCAACGACGGUGUUAUUGGUCUCGCCGGUGUUCUUUCGUCGUGCCUGGGUAUCCGCUCGCAGUGGAACAAGGUGCACGGCGCCAAGAAGUAA